CGGUGAUUAUCCUACGUAAUGGCUUUCCGGAGCGGCUGCUGUUGUGGCUUCGGUCCCUUCAACGAGGAUAACGCCAGGUUCCUUAUGUUAGCCGUGUUCAUAAUCCUCUACCUCCUCUGCGGUGCCGCUGUCUUUUCAGCACUGGAACAGCCGAUGGAAGCGGAGGCGAAGGAGCGCUGGGGGCAGCGGUUUGAACAGUUCAGCCAAAAGUAUAACCUUAGCAAGAAAGAGCUGAACAACUUCUUGAGGAACUACGAGGAGGCGAACGUGGCUGGGAUCCGCGUGGACACCAUCAGACCUCGGUGGGACUUUACCGGUGCGUUCUACUUCGUGGGGACCGUGGUCUCGACCAUAGGGUUUGGGAUGACCACGCCAGCGACGAUCGGUGGUAAGAUCUUCCUCAUCUUCUACGGACUCAUCGGCUGUGCCGCCACCAUCUUGUUCUUCAACCUCUUCCUGGAGCGUGUCAUCACCGUCAUCGCCUUCGUCCUCAAGUUCUGCCAUGAGCGCCGCCGCCGCAAGGCCAUGCUUCCCCAAAAUGGCUGCCGACGCCUCUCUGAGGGCAGCGGUGGGGGCGGGAGAGGUGGCAGGGGGGAGGGGCUAGCUGGGUGGAAGCCUUCAGUAUACUGUGUUAUGCUGAUCCUUGGCGCCGCUGCCAUCUUGGUUUCCUGCUGCGCCUCAGCAAUGUACUCGGCUGUAGAAGGCUGGGCGUAUCUAGACUCUCUGUACUUUUGCUUUGUGGCGUUCAGCACCAUCGGGUUCGGUGACGUGGUGAGCAGCCAAAGGUUGGAGUACGAGGAGGGGAACGUGAACCAGACGGCAUACCGGCUGGGCAACUUCCUGUUUAUACUGACAGGCGUCUGCUGUAUUUACUCGCUGUUCAACGUCAUCUCCAUCGUCAUCAAACAGGUGCUGAACUGGCUGUUGAGGAGGAUGGAGGCACCAUGUCACUGCCCGAGGAGGGGGGGCCACCAACCCCAGCAGAGACUCCCCAGGAGGAACGUGGUGGUGCCCGGACAUCUGAGGGCGCAGCGGGACCUGUCCAUCGAGACAGACGCGGUGAAUGAGAGCGAGGUGGACGGGCGGAGGAUGUCUGGAGAGAUGAUCUCCAUGAGAGAUUUCCUGGCUGCCAAUAAGGUGAACCUGGCCAUCAUGCAGAAGCAGCUGUCAGAGAUGGCUAACGGUCACCCUCGCCAGUCAGGAUCCAACUCUCGCCACGGCCACAACGGCUUCUCUGGAGGGGUGGGUGCCCUGGGCAUCAUGAACAACCGCCUGGCAGAGACCAGCGUGGAUAGAUAGACCUGGCAAAUCACCAUGGUGAACAUAUAGGCCAGACUGAUUAACUGGCCAGAGAGACAGUCACCAGAAAUUGGCUGGCCAGAGAGAGACCGUCCUCGCAAAAUACAUUAAU